AGGAGGAUGUGGAGGCCAAAGCACCAGAAAUGGAUGUUGAGGGAUGCCCAGAAUCUGCGACUCCCACAGAGCAAACGGGAGAUGUUGUGACGGCUGCUCCAGCCCAGGAGGUUUCUGUUGCAGGCCGCCAGACUGCAGGGGGUGAGGAUCCGGAGGCAAGAUCCGAACGGCUCGGCCAGGAUCCAGGAGGCAAGGAGGGGAGCUGCAGUGAGGUGACCCCCUCGCAGUCUUCUGAGAAGCCCGAGAAAGAAUUGGCUGGGCCAGAAUGUGAAGGACCGGAGUCUGAACAGAGAACGGUAGAUUCUUCAGAGGAAUCAAAGGCCCCGGAUAACAUGGAAGAUCUAGACUUCCUUGUCCCAAAAGCUGGCUUUUUCUGUCAGAUUUGUUCCUGCUUCUGUGUGGAUGAGGCAUCUAUGAAAAGUCACUUGCAGUCUGCACUUCACCAGCAAAAUAAGAAGAAGUUCAUGAACAAGAAAGCAGACGAGGAGGAGAAAAAGGAAGGUUGACGGGGACUCUGCAAGAGGGAGUUGAACGUGAUAAGGAAGAGACGAGCCACCACACACGUUCUUUAGGGGUCCAGUCAGGUGUGUGUAUAUUACUUUAGUUUAAUCUUGUCAAGUUGCAGACUUUUGCGUUGUGUAUAUACCAGUCUCAGUAUAGGAUAAGAAUUGUGUGAUGGUUUUUGAUAGCUGUGUGUAACGGUCCUGGCAUUGUUGGAAUAAAUGUUCUUAC